ACAAACCGCCAUUUUAGAUCAGUUGCUCACGCACAUCAGGAAAAGCAUCGUCGAAAUGGAGAGCCAACUUUGCAAGCUUUUUGUCGGUGGACUCAACGUCCAGACAACCGACGAAGGACUUCGAAAGCAUUUUGAGCAGUUUGGCGGUCUGACCGACUGCGUAGUGGUACAAAACCAGCAGUUGAAGCGUUCGCGCUGUUUCGGCUUCGUGACCUACUCCUCGCCGGAGGAGGCGGACGCCGCCAUGAGCGCCAGGCCUCAUGUACUAGACGGCAACAACGUGGAACUGAAAAGAGCGGUGGCCCGGGAAGACGCCGGGAAACCCGAAGCUCUUGCAAAGGUCAAGAAAAUCUUUGUCGGUGGCCUUAAAGACGACAUCGAGGACCAGCAUUUGGUUGACUGCUUCUCACAGUUCGGAGCCGUCGAGAAGGCCGAGGUGAUCACAGACAAAGAGACCGGCAAGAAGCGCGGCUUCGGCUUCGUGUACUUCGAGGACAACGACUCGGCCGAUAAAGCCGUAGUGCUGAAGUUUCACAACAUCAACGGCCACAAGGUGGAGGUGAAGAAAGCCCUGACCAAGCAGGAAAUGCAGACCGCUGGGGGUCGCGGCGGCGGCGGACGCGGAGGAAGAGGAGGACGCGGCAUGGGAAGGCCUCAAAAUGGCUACGGUGGCGGAAGAGGCGGCGGCUACGGGGGCAACUACGGCGGCGGCUACGGCGGAGGAAAUGAUGGCGGGUAUGGCGGUGGUUACGGAGGCGGCUACGGCGGCGGUUAUGGGGGCGGCUACAGCGACCAAAUGGGAGGCUAUGGCGGCGGCAACGGCUACAAUGACUUUGGCAGCGGCUACGGCCAGCAGGCCUCGGGCUACGGCCCCAUGAAAGAACUGCCAAAACUGAUGGGGUUUGGUAAUUCCUCAGUUUUGAGCCUGGCUGGUUGAAGCUCUGAAAAAGUGAGCACUGGAAACCUUUUGGCAAGGGCAGGCGGACUGCGGUUGCUCGUACCUGCAUGCAGGACAUAAUAAAGAAUACUGCCGCAGUGGCAAAACCGAACCUGGUAUGCAGUGGUGCAUAUGUUGCUGCCAUAGAGCUGGAUGAUGAUAAAGUAUGUGAUGCAGGCUCAUCACACUGAUCUGCAGUGUUGGUCACUAGUUUACAUUGUUGUAAAAUUUUUAUUUUUUGUAAAAUGUAUUUCAGCUAAUAAAAGACAUUAACAAAU